UCCGUUAAGGCUCACAUGGUAAAGUCACUGCAGGUUCUGCUAGCUAGGUCAAGGAUAAUUCAUCUACACCUAGUCCAAGAUGUUUAAACUUGAGGGUCUUGGUCCUAAAAUGGACCCAGAGGAGAUGAAAAAGAAAAUGAGGGAGGAUGUCAUUGCGUCCGUGAGGAACUUUUUGCUAUACGUCGCUCUUCUCAGAGUCACGCCUUAUGUUCUAAAGAAACUGGACAGCAUAUGAAGUGGCCCUUUGCCCCAUGUUUGGACUCCACUGAAGCCAGAAUCACUUGCAAAACAACUGCGGUCAAGAUCCUGCAUACAAAAGAUUUGCUGAUUCUUCAGACCUUAUUCAUGGGACAUCAAACCACCCUCUAUCUGAACUAACUGUAUGUGUGAUGUGAAUACUGUUGGUUAUUUUGCCUUUUUUUAUUUUGUGUAAGCUACAGAAUGUAAUUUUAUUUUGAAAUGCUGUAAUUACUCAAAAUGUUCACCAAACAGUUAUUCACACUACUUCAAUGAGCGAUUUUGUUUCUGUAAGCUCAAAGAAAGAGAAUGUCUUUACUGUGGCGGUGUGAGAAGAUGGGCUGGUCUAGUGGCCAGAGCAAUACAUUUGUGGAACAUAAGAAUAGCACUGCAUGUUGACUCUUACCAGCAGCUGUUUUCAGUUAGAAGUAUUUCAUGAUCAAGAUAAGAUGUAGCCUGUGGGCUCUGUCCUGUGAGUUAAUCUCAAAUAAAUGCAUACAAACUCUAAAAUACAGAGUUAGACAUUAAACAUGCAGUGUCACCUGUCUACCACCUGAUUACCAGCUUGCUUCUCCUCCUAGCAGUGAGGCUUAACUGGCAUAACUAGACAUGCCAUUACUAUUUAUUUAUUAAUUCCACUUUAAACUCUAAAAAAAGCUAAUCCUAGGUGGAGACCAGGUGAUGAAAUGAGGGUAAUGUUAGGUCAUGAUCGUUUCACUAUGAGAUAUGGAUUGGUUUCCAUAUGUAUCCACUGUGUGACAUGCAUUUGGAAUACAAUACAGCAUGAUGGUUAAGUGCAUACGUGAACCAAAAUUAGUGAAGUGGCAACUAUGGCUGAGGUUUACAAAGAUACAGCCUCCAUAAAUGGUGCUCACAAUGAAAAUAAUGACCUGAGCCUCCAGACUCCAGUACACAUGAUGGCGAUAUUUCACUAGAAACAGCUCACGUUAAAGUGCUUCAGUAUUUUGGUCCCCUCUGAUAGGCCAUAACACUAACACUGCUUGCGAACUAUGUUCGAUGUAUGUAUGCCUAUUUGUAUAAACUUGCACACGCUUUUGAGACAUAUUCUGCAGGUAACAUUGUGGCAAGUUGAUGGCGUUGAUUGACUAACUUUAGACAUCCUAGCUUGUUAACAUUUGCUAGGGGAAAAAAGCUGACAUAACUUUACCUUAGCUCAGCUUUCAGCGUGCGCACUGCGCAGGCAGUAUGGGAAAAGAACCAUUGAUGUGAGUUGCCCGCUUGUGUUGUUACUCUCAAGAAAAGGAUUAUUAACGAUUGUAAUCUAGAAUUUGCUGAAAUAGCUUAGCCAGCUAUAAAUACGUUCUAUUAGGUAACAGUCGACUCAUCCUCUAGUGUCAAACUAGCUAACCAUAGCUACAUUAAUGUACUAUUUAGCUAACUAUUGUCAGAUAGCUAGAUAGCUAAAUUAACGUUAGCUAUCGAUGUUACACCACUAGUUCCACAUCCUCCAGUCCUUAGACCUAAAUUGUACUUGUAUGUCACCUUUUACACCGAGUUUAUUGUCUUUGUGAUAAUAGUCUGCGUUGUUAGCUAGCUAGUUUGUCCAAUUACAACGAUUAUUUCCCCAAUGAUUAGUUGGCUAUUUCAUAGCUCCCCUUGUGCUGCCUAGCAACAAGUGGCAUGGUUGAGCAACUGGUAUCUCAGGACCAACCUAAUGUUUACAUUAGCAACCAAAGUUUAGCUUACUUUGAAAACGGUCGUGUAUUGUUAUAUUUGUAGCUUGUAUCACACCACUGACUAUCUGGGUAUUCAGUAUCGUUAACUUACCCAAGCAACAGGAAUCGCCUGAUCGUUGUGGCCAUCAAACAUUGUUCCGAUGAAUAUAGAAAAUACAGAAAUGGAUGCAUUUGACGUGGACUUAAGUUCAGACACAGAUGAAGAGUCUGAAAUUGAUAGACCGAGGUCAAAUACUGUUGCACUUGCUGGCAUGAAGUCAACUUUUCGGUCUGCAGUUGUGACAGAGGAAGAACUACACAAACUGGAAUUAGCUAGAAAUGAAGAAAGUACAUGGCGACAAACACGAUGGGCUGUGAAGUGCUUAACAGAUUGGUUGGAACAACAAGAAAUUAAAGUGAACUUUGCAAAUGUUUCAAAGGACGAGCUGAAUCUGAUAUUGCGACAGUUUUAUGGCUCUAUUCGCAACGCAAAAGGUGAAUCCUACAGCAUUAGCAGCUAUCUGGGACUGCGCACAGGACUCAACAGGUAUCUUAAUGAACCUCCACUGAACCGUUCGUGGUGUAUAAUGAAAGACUCCGACUUCAAAUCUGCAAAUAAUGUAUUUCUCGGACUCAUAAAAACAAUGAGACGGGACGGUAAAGACAAGACAAGUCACCCUACGUCAGUCUCACCCUCAGAUUUGAAAAUCAUAAGGGAAUCUCAUGCAUGUAAACCCAGCCACCCUAGAGGCCUCCUAAAUAAAGUGUGGUUUGACAUUCAACUUCAUUUCGGACGCUUGGGUAGAGAAGGCAAUAGAACACUAACGAAAGACUCGUUUGUAUUUAAAAGAGACGAAAUUGGGAGAAAAUACUGCACACUGACAUCCAGCGAUGUAACGAAAAACCAUAAAGACAUAGCGGAAAAGGAUUGUGAGAACAAUCGGGGGCGUAUGUUUGCCAGGCCAGGAGACAAACUGUGUCCAGUUGCAUCACUAGAGAAAUACCUCCGCAAGAUGCCACCCAAUGCACCAGCCUUUUAUUUACAUCCCAAAAAGACUGCCUCUGAAAGAGACACAGUAUGGUACAUCACAAGUCCCCUUGGGGUCAAUCACCUUGCCUCAAUGCUUCCACGGAUAUGCAGAGAGGCUGGAACUGAACAGAUAUACACCAACUAUUGUUUGCGAGGGACAAAAGUUCAUCGCCCGCCUGAUGUUGGUCAUGAAUCACGAGAGAUCAUCUCUGUCAAUGGACACCGGUUCGUGGAGUUUCCUGGUCACUUCCAGAAGAUUUUUCAGGAGCUGAAUAACCAGCGCACUCAAAAUCGUCUGUGUGAUUGCAUCAUUGCCGUGGGAAACCAGUACUUCAGCGCACACCGCUCCGUACUGGCAGCUUGUAGUUCCCACUUCCGCUCUCUAUUCUGCAACUCAGACACUUGUGAUGUCCAACAGUAUGUUGCAGGCCCUGAUGGAAACAUGAGACUCCUACAGCUAGAUUCAGAGGUGGUGACCCCUGAGGCAUUCUCGACACUGCUGGAUAUGAUGUACUCCUCCAAACUCCAGCUGGACAUGUCCCAAAUCACUGACUUGCUGCUGGCGGCUUCACACCUGCACCUUAAUGCAGUGGUCAAAGUCUGCAAAGAAAAGCUCUCUUCAAACCCCUUGCACACAUCACUCUCCGGCGGUCACACUGCCACAUCGCAACCUAGCCACCAGGAGGAGGAGGCAGCCAACAGCAGCAGUGAGGAUGACGAGCAGUGGGAGCCGGCUCAGGAGAGCAAACAGCGGCAGGGCCACAAACGGCGUCGGCUCAAGUCUCCUGCAAACAAACGCCGGAAGUUUAGUGGUGGCGCUAAAACUGUCAAGUCUGUGGCAGUGGCCUCUGCUGAAUCUCCUGUGCCUGCCCUGAGCCCUGCCUCAGAGGUGUAUGAGUACGAGUAUGAGAUGUCACCGUCGCCUCAGGCAGACAGCCAUGAUCUUGAAGCAGGGGUGCAGACUGGGGAAGCCAAUGGAUUCAUUCUUAAAGAUGAAGAUGAGGAGACAGCGAUCAUAGAGGUGAAACAUGAAAGCGACAUCUCUUCACCAACAAGAUCGGAGACAGCAGAGUCCACAGUCCAGACCGACACGGAGGACGACUUUAUGAAUGAGGCAGCUGCUGAUGGAGAACUCAAGACCACAGGCUGUAGUGAGGAGCGUCACACUACCAGCCAGCCACCUGACAAAUUACUCCGUAGCAGCAGUAACAUCAUCAUCUGUGAGACAAGAGGGGCCGUGGAUGAACCCAGCGUAAGUAAAGGCUUGGGUGCUAACCAAAUCCUGGGCUUCACUUGGCCCAUCACUCCCAAAGUCAUGAAGGUGGUUGGGAUUUCCAGGUUUGCUUCUGGUUCUAACGCGCUAACAGUCGAAAAAGAGGUCAACGGGACCACACGGAGCACUGAGGUGGCAGCAUCAACCUCAUCCAUCUCGCUGAAGCGUGCCUCAGCAGGUGCAGGAGAUGCUGUCGUCUUGCAGUUUGCAAAGGCAGGGUCGGGGAGUGUUCUGAGGGCUGUAGGGCAUAGCCCUGCUCUCCAAAAACCACACACUACUUUGCAAGCCCCUGUCGUGAAGCCCCUCAGACGGACUACCAGGGUAGCUAAGCCAAAGCCACCGGGCUACCGCACCAUUGCCCCAAAAUCGUCCCCUCCUGAGAAAUAGUGUAUUCUUUGAAUUGUUACUUGUGUCGCACAAAUAAUUUUGCAUUGCCUGAGCUCCAAGGUUCCUGGGUGUGAAGGCCAUGGUGGAGCACAUUUGUGUUCUGGUCUUAAGCUAAAUACUACAAUAAAAUAAGACAGGCAUAUUCAAAGAUGAUAUCCCUGACUGAUAUGUGUUUUUGCCUUGCGUUUAAUAGGGUGUACAGCUAGGUCAUGUACCCGCCAUGAAUACUAAACAAAGACCAGUCACCAAGAUAGUUAGGAAGAGUAGACUUUGGUCUCACAUAAGCUAGAGUAGAGACUGAUUUCAUGCAUUGAUUGUCACGUCAUCUUGCCACGUACAGGAGCCCUUCAAUGGUGAUGUGCCAGACCGUGGCACUCCCUGCCCAUAUGCCCAAGGACUUUACUCCCUCCGCAGCUCCACCAGUUACUACAGUGGGCAUUACAAGUGAUGUUGGCUUAGUGGAUUAAUAAUUAGGUUCAGUGAUAGCUAGAAGUUUGCUCAUAUCAGGAACCAUCGGUGAUAAAGCCUCACCCUGAUCCUCCUUCUCCCUCUUCAAUCUUACAGAUGUGAGUUUUGUGGUCUGUAGUGAGAUAGGCAUGCUCGUAGAACACAUACAAAAAGGGUGAGGUCAUUAAAGCUAUGAAAGAAAAAAAACAACCACUUUUCUUUCACAUUUAUGUCCACGUUUCUGCUACUGUAAAUACAGAGGACAGGUUUGAAAUGAAAAUGUUUUUCUUUUUUUUCGUAGUGUCUCUUUUUGUAUCCAAUUUGAAGUUAGACACCAGUACUGAUGAACCAUUAAUGAGUAUGUUAUGCUGUUAACCAAUGUUGUUUUGAUCUCAACUUCUAUGUUUUGUUCUCGAGGAUAUCCUGUAAGUACACAUCUCUGCUGAACAGUUGGCACAAACUGUACGCCUGCCUGCUUGCUCUCUCAAAAGAAGUUCAGCAGACCAGGCCACCUGAGCCGUAUCUGAAGUAAACACUGACUUCUCUGUGGCACGUAGACUGAAGGGAAAUAUCUGUAUCAGUGAAGCGGCUUCCACACCUUACAGUCAGUUUCUUAACAGGAAGGAUAGCAUCACUCAAGGACAAGCAGAGAACUACAUUCCAUCUGACACGCGUGUUUUAAGGUUACAUAUUGCGUUUUUUUAAAGUUACUUUAGAGUUUCUGUUGAAGUGCAUGUACUGCCUGUUUUGCCUUAAAGAUAAUCUUAGUGAUAGGAUAAAUUAUCCCUUUUAAAUAUUUGCUGAGUUUAAAAGUAUUUUCACAAAC